AUGAAUAGUCUGAAUAGUCAAAUUUCAAGUAGCAAACCUCGCGGCAUCAAUAUUCGCAUAGCUAAUGCAAUAAAUGGGAUCGAAAAAAGUAUCUCCCCGUCUUCACCCGGUUUUAUUUCGAAAAAAAUGAGUCGCAGUGUUUUAAAAGCUGAAGGGAAAUGGAACAAUAACAAUCUUAGUCCUGGUAGACCUUACACACCUGAUGAGGAUAUAAAGGAACCACCUGCCAUUGAUAUAGUAGAAUUUGCAGGCGAUGAUUUUAGACCUGAAACAUAUAUCCAAAAGGCACUAUCUACUGCCACCGAAGAAGGGGUGAGAGCUUUUUUGGACACAUUGCAAGAAUCAAAAGAUUUAGCGGCUAGCGAUUUGCAAAGAAAUAUGGAUCAUAUUUUACAGUUAGAAAGUGAUAUGCUUGUAUUGCGAGGACUCUUGAAUGAGUUGCGCAAUGUCAGUGACAAUUUAAGAGAUGAUAGUACUGAUUCCGUUAACAUUGGGCCCGUGACUUCAGUAACUUCAGAGCCAAUUGGACCAAGAAGGCGCAACCCAACUUUAAAUAAUGCUACUGAUAUGCAAUCAAUUUGGAAAGCACAAAUUCAACAAUUAUGGGCGGGUGUGGAAGGUGCUCAGAACUUUGUGUCGUUGGAACCUGGAAGACACAUACUUCGCGAGUGCUCUAAUUUUGUAGAAAUUAGUUUUAGUACAAAUAAGCCAAAACAAUCUGUGCAUAUAUUUUUAUUAAACGAUUGUUUAUUGGUUGCUAGUAAAAAGAAACGUCAAGCGUCCAAAGAUACUUCAAAAGCAAAAUUAGUUGCCGAUCGUUGUUUUUCUUUGGAGGAUAUAACCCUGAUGGACGUGAAAGAUACUGAAGAACAAGUGAAUUUCAUUAAAAUCUUGAAGCAUCCCACGGAUCAGUUUAUUUUCCAAUCUGGAAAUGCUGAAGAGAAAAAAAAUUUAUUAAACAUGACCAAACGUGCAACUGACGACAUGAUGUCAGCCAAAGCCGCAAAACAUGCUGAUUCUGUGAUGGCCGCAAAAUCACAACAGCAACAACAUACUCCACUCAUAAGAACUCUUUCAAGAAAGAAUAAGGGCCCACCACCAUCAUUAAGAGCCUUAAGGCAAUCUGUUCCUUUGCCAGUAAAAACUCCUAGAGAACUUACAAUGGAUAAUAUUCGCGAAAUUGAAGAUUUGGCAGAUGAGUUGGAUGUUCAUAUUGCAACGCGAGAAUUUGAGGAAGCUGUCGAGAAUAUUGAAAAAGCAAAGAGUUCUCUCACUAACGUAUCAACUUCAAAUUCUACAAAAUUGGAUGCGAUUCGUACGAAAAUGGAGGAUCGCGUUGUUCGAUUGUCUCUUGCUAUUAGUCGUGAUCUCACAAAUCCUGACGUGAAAAAAUCGCACGUACAGAAAUGUGUACGAUGGUUAUUUCAUCUUGGAUACGGAGAACAGGCACGAGAAUUGUUCCUUGUUGCGAGAACCGAAAAUAUUCGGAUAAGAACAAAACAAUUAAAAUUUGAGGGUGAUAUACCACAAUAUAUUAAUGAAUUAUCUCUAGUAUAUUUUACAUUAAUUAAAAACACGUGUGACUGGUAUAAUGCUUCGUUUAGAGACAUGAGGAUGGCUUCGGGUCUUGUAAAGUGGGUACAAGAGGAAAUGGGACAUUAUGCAAAUAUGUUUAGACGACAAGUAUAUAGUUUGCAUAAUCGUGAUGACAGGAUUGUACAAGAAUGUUUGAGGUAUACUAGAGAACACUGUUUAAUGUUACGCGAAGUUGGGUUGGACCUUAAAUUUUUAUUAGAUAAUCUAUUGCAACCUAGCAAAAAUGGAAAUUCAUUGGAAAAUAAUGAAAUGGCUACUGUAAUCGAAGAGGAUGAUUAUUUAUUAAACUCAUAG